GUAAACCAGGAGCUCCUGUUGUGUUUGUUGACGACACCACACGCUCCUCCGUGUCCCUGAUGUGGAACCGGCCCGUGCGCGAUGGAGGCAGCCGUGUGACCGGCUACAUCGUGGAGAUGCGGCCGCAGGACGGUGAGGAGUGGACCAAGGCCCACGCCACCUCGGCUGUGCGGCUGACCGAACUGACCAUCGACAAACUCACAGAGGGACAAGGCUACAAGUUCCGCGUCAGCGCCAUCAAUGAGAUCGGCGUCGGCGAGCCCGGAGAGGUGGACAGAGUGGUCUUCGCCCGUGACAUGCUCGAAGCCCCUGAGGUGGAGCUUGAUGUGAGUCUGAAGCGGGCCAUGAAGGUGAGCGCAGGUGCCCAUCCGCAUUUACUGCCCCAUCAAGGACAAACCUUAACCCACCUGCACCUGGGAAAAGGAAGACAGAUUGUGUAUGCAGACUUGGCGAGAAGAUUCGGUAUUCACAACAAACAUCAUGGCGGUGCAGUCGUAAAACAGUUUUGAAUGAUCAGCAUGUAAACACAUCAUCUUUGAAGACCUUCAGGCACCGCCCAGCGAAGGCUCGGAGAGCAUUGGGAAAGGUGUACUCAGAAAUAAGCACAGCAAGGACAAGACCUAAUGAUAAGAUCAAAAACAGCAUAAAUGAAAUGCUUGAAAAUGGAGAGCUGUCAAUGGGAGAACCCAUUGUCCCCACAACAAACAAAAAGAUUGUGGUAGAGGAGGGGGAAGUGUUAGAGAAGGUCACGAUUGAAACUGGGAGAAAAGUCCCCCUGAAGGACAUUCAAGCAAAUCUGCUGAAAAAGCAAGUACAACAAGGCUUAAUCAGGCCUGUUGAAGAGUGUGACAAGAUGGAUUUAAGAACUGUAACAGACCAACUGAUAGCCAUUAAUGAGAAUGACGAGUCACUGACACUGAAAGAAAAACAGGAGAAGUUAGCAAAGCUAAGAAGUACGAGGUACUUAAUGUAGGUGGCAUGACCACAGCACCCUUCUCAACUCCGGGUACUUGAUGGGCACUAUACACACCCUCUAUGAUACAGCAGUAUAUUACACACAAGAAGAAAUGGAAGAACAAGGAAAAUACAUCAACAUCCAGAGUCUUGUUGAAAAAUCAGAGCUGUACUUGCUGGCACGGUGCAAAUCAUCAAUUGCCGAACAGUUAAGAUAUUCAAGCUGUCAAAGGAAAGACAUCAAAACCAUGCAAGAUAUGGAGUAUGAAGACCAUUGUACGUCUGAUGUCAUGCCUAUCUUCACAGGGGAUAGUCCUGCAGAAUGGCUUGAAGUGGGAGAACAACAUUAGGGUCUAUAUGGCUGUUCUGCUGGUUGUGGUGCGCCUAUCGAAAGGUUCUGUGAUCUAGGCUUUUGCAUGCGGCGGCCUGUAAAGUCAAUGGAAGACAGAAGGCUACUAGUAGAGUCCAUGCCAGCAGGACGAAAGGGAGGAAUUGCGCCGUUCAACUCCCUGAAGAAACAAGACCUCAUCAGGAACCUGGAUGCAACAAACAUUGACUUUGAUCUGGAGUGCAACAAGCCUGGACUAGAAAAGCAGUUAAGAGAACAUCUAGCAGGUGUAUCAAAUGUCCCAGCCCUCCUGUAUGGUGACCAACACAGAACUGUAGACGAGCUAAAUCUCGGACAGUAUGAAAUCGCCCCAUGCGAGGCCCUGCACAAUUCAAAGGAACAUAUUAAGAACAUCUUAGAAGAGUUACCUAAUCAUCUAUGUGACAAAGAUAAGGCAGCAAUGAAGGAGGUGGCUGCAAUGUUCCAGGGCAAAGAAAUGCAAAGGGGAGUCGAUUACCGUAAACACUUACUAACAGUAACAGUCAAAAUGGCAACACAAGAUGGUAACCCAAAGGCUAUAGCACUGCUAGAAUCCUUGUGCAACAUAACCCACAUCCUGUACCUUGGUGAACAGGACAGGACAAAUCAGCAGAUUUUGAGACUGGCAAACCAGACGUAUCUUCAUGGUAUCCUUGUCAGAGAAGUCAUUGGCACAGAAACAAAAUCGAUCACAAAGAGAAAGCUGUACGGCCAGUAUUGGCAUUCGCUAACAACCCAUGCACCAAUGUUAUACAGAAUAGUUAACCUCAAGUCGGUCAAUGCUGAAAACCAGGAACGGAUGUUCGACAGUCUGAAGGGUAUUCUCGGCCAAACAUCAUCUCGCAGGCCAAGCGAAGUGGUAGGAAUGGGGGUCUUAAGGCUACAAGCUGAGCAAAGAGGCAACGCUGAUAACGUGUCACAGGAUGAAAGUCAAGUAUCUAGCCUUGGGAGAAACCUGCGUGUGAUUCUUCCCCCCCAAAACACCCUGAUCCCCUGGCGGUACUUAACAAAGCCUAGCCUUCGCGGACACUAUCAACCACACCUUGAGAGAAUCGCAGACUUUCUGGUGCAAGGAGAAGGAGUUUGGUGGAAGAGAACGGAAGAUGGUAUCUUGUUUCUGGAUGCUCCAGGUUCCAACCACAUCCCAGAACCUCCUGUCCAUCACUUCAGAUCGACAACCUACAAGAGGGAACAGGAGUACCUGGAGGAGAGAUGGAAAGUCUGCAUUAGAAGGCAGGUCGCAGGUGAACUGAUGCUACCGCAUGUAAAGGUGAAGGUGUAUGAGCCAGAGGGUGAUAAUAUGCAAAUUGUAGAGACUGGUCUGUCUUGGUAGGUGUAGAUAUAUAUAUAUAUAUCAUGAUAUGUUAAAGGCCCAUUAUGUAACUUUCUUGACAAUACAAAAGUA